AUGGGGCUCUUUGACAGAGGCGUUCAGAUGCUUUUAACCACCGUUGGUGCUUUCGCUGCCUUCAGCCUCAUGACCAUCGCUGUGGGGACCGAUUACUGGCUCUACUCCAGAGGGGUUUGCAAGAUGAAAGGCACCGGCGAGAAUGAAACCAGCAAAAAGAACGAGGAAGUCAUGACCCAUUCUGGAUUAUGGAGAACCUGCUGCCUGGAAGGGAAUUUUAAAGGUCUGUGUAAGCAAAUCGAUCACUUCCUCGAAGACACGGAGUAUGAAGCCGACACAGCAGAAUAUUUCCUCCGGGCUGUGAGGGCCUCUAGUAUUUUUCCGAUCCUGAGUGUGAUUCUGCUUUUCAUGGGUGGACUCUGCAUUGCAGCCAGCGAGUUCUACAAAACCCGACAUAACAUCAUCCUUAGUGCCGGCAUCUUCUUCGUGUCUGCAGGUCUGAGUAAUAUAAUUGGCAUCAUUGUGUACAUAUCAGCCAAUGCUGGAGACCCCUCAAAAAGCGACUCCAAGAAGAACAGUUACUCUUAUGGUUGGUCCUUCUACUUCGGGGCCCUGUCCUUCAUUAUAGCUGAGAUGGUGGGAGUGCUGGCCGUACACAUGUUUAUUGACCGGCACAAACAGCUGCGUGCCAGUGCUCAUGCCACGGACUACCUCCAGUCCUCUGCCAUCACCCGCAUUCCCAGCUACCGCUACCGCUAUCAGAGACGCAGUCGCUCCAGUUCCCGUUCCACCGAGCCUUCACACUCCAGGGAUGCCUCUCCCGUCGGGAUCAAAGGGUUCAACACCCUCCCAUCAACGGAGAUCUCGAUGUAUACCUUGACCAGGGACCCCCUGAAGGCUGCCACCACUCCCACCGCCACCUACAAUUCAGACAGGGAUAACAGCUUCCUCCAGGUUCACAAUUGUAUCCAGAAAGAAAACAAGGACUCUAUCCACACUAACACAGCCAACCGCCGGACCACCCCCGUAUGA